AUGAUGACCUCUCUCAUGCAUCAUCCAUUUUUUACCCUUUUGGGACUUCUUUUUCUCCUUUGUAACACAGUUACUUUGGCAAACGCCCAGUCUCCAGCGAUUUAUUACGACAACCCACUCAUUCACCAACGUGCGGAUCCUCAUAUUCUCAAACACACCGACGGAUGGUACUAUUUCACUGCAUCGGUCCCGGAGUAUGACCGCAUCAUAUUGCGUCGGUCCGAGACUAUUCAGGGGCUUGCGGAUGCUCGUGAGGUCACAAUCUGGAAUAGGGAAUCUUCCAAGGCAGGGAUUGGCUAUGUCUGGGCACCAGAGAUUCACCAUAUCGAUGGCAAGUGGUAUAUCUACUUCGCUCUGGGCCGUAAAUCCGAUUUCGACAUUCGAAUGUUCGUCCUAGAGGGUGCCGGAGACGAUGCCCUCACGGCCUUGUGGGUUGAGAAAUCCUGGAUCGAGACUGACUGGGAUACCUUUUCCCUUGACGCAACUACCUUUGAGGUCAACAAUAUUCGCUACCUGAGCUGGGCCCAGGCAGAACCAGAUUUGGAGGGUACUAGCCUUAUGUUGGCGCCUAUGGAGAAUCCCUGGACGCUCAAGCUUCCGGCUGUUGUUAUCUCGCGUCCUGAACUUGCCUGGGAACGUGUUGGUCAUAAUGUGAACGAGGGACCCUACGCUUUGAUUCGGAACAACAAGGUCUGGUUGACAUUUUCAGCAAGCGCUACCGACCACAACUAUGUCAUGGGUCUUCUCUCGGCCGAUGUUGAUGCUGAACUGAUGAACCCUGACGUAUGGAGCAAGACUGAAGAACCUGUCUUCAUGAGCAAUACCAAUACGAGCCAAUACGGGCCGGGCCAUAAUUGUUUCACGACUUCUGAAGAUGGAUUGAGUGACAUUAUGAUAUAUCAUUCUCGGCAGUAUCGCAACAUCAGUGGAGAGCCUCUUAACAAUCCGGAUCGUCAUGCACGUGUGCAGAAGCUGUACUGGAAUCCCGAUGGAACCCCGGCAUUUGGGAUUCCGGUGGUUGAUGGGGAAACCCCUAUAAGAUUGCGCUCGACGUCAAAGCGUCAUGCCCUUGUAGAGCAUAAUGGUUCAGGGAUUGUGGGUUUACAGCAUCACGAGGGAAGUCUUACUAGGACCCAAUUUCGGAUAAUUUCACCCGGACUUGCAGGUCGCAAUACCAUCAGCUUAGAAUUGGCUGAUACUCCCGGUUUUGUUGUCGCGAUUGAUGAGUCAAAGCUCAGUGUUAGUGUGGUUGCAAAUGGUACUGAUAAUAAGACUUUUGCCAGUUUCAUAAAGCAUCGAGGAUUGUCAGAUGGAAAAGGUGCGUCUUUUGAGAUGGCAGGGAAGAGGGGUCAUUAUGUCCAAACUGGUAACAACAACACCUUAGUCGUAUCUCAAGUCCGAGGUAAAAGACAGAAGCGGCAGGCUACAUUUCACUUAGAGUAG